GCGCUCCCCCCAAGACUGCGCCGCGGCCCCUAGUGUCAGUGCGGGGCAGUGGCGUGAGUACUGAGCAGCGUUUAGGUAUAUGCAGGGUGCCGGGCAGGGAGUGUAGCACGUUAACCCUUGGGGUCAGCCAGCAGGAGGAACAGUGCCCACCGAACAGAGAGUACCGCAGCGGCUCAACACGUAUUGAGUGCCUUGAGGAGGUGCGGGCGUGACCUUCUGUUCUGUUGUGGACUUUUCUCCCUGACACCAUGUUAAGCCAAGGCAACAUAAGUUCUGCAGGGAAUUGUGAGCGCCGCAACGCCAUCCCUGUCAUCUACACCAGCGGAACAUACUACGAAGUGGGCUUUGAUGUGGGACGCACCUUCCGGGGCCUCAUCCAGGAUUAUCUGGCGUCGUCCGUGUGGCUCCGGGAAACACUUCUUCCAGCUUAUGAGACAGAGGCUGGGCGGGCCGCCUAUGACGAAACCCUUCCAGUCUUGAAGGAGAACUUUCCACAGUACCUCAGGGAACUGCAGGGCACGGCAGAUGGGGCUCAAGUUCCCUUCCUCCACCUGGUCCUCCUGCACAUGGACAGGAUCAUGACUAUGGCGGGCCAGGCGGAGCAGCAGCCAUGCAGCAGUGACCUCAACGGCUGUUCCGACCUCAGCAUCAACAGGGAAGACCAGGUGUUGCUGGGCCACACAGAGGACACAUUCGAGGAGAUGAUGAACUACCUCUACCUCGUGUCCGCCACCAUCAGCGAGGAGGCGCCGGAGGGGAGGUUGGGCACGCGGACAGAGAGCUUCACGGCACUCUGCUACCCCGGACACCUGCCGGGCUUCUGCCUCGGCUACAACCGCCACGGCUUGGUCUCCGCCAUCAAUGUUAUCGUCCCUCUGAAGGUCUUCCCCGCCAGGACCCCGCGUCAUUUCCUGUGCCGGGCGCUGCUGAGCGCCACGUCCGUGGAGGCGGCGCACGACAUCCUGAGGGACCGCGGGACUGGAGGAGCCGACGGCUUUGGCGUCAACAUGAUCUUCAUGAGGCCGGAUGGUGGUCACGUCUUCCAGAACGUGGAGGUGGGGACGGCCGGGGCUGGGGAUGAGAACCCGCUGUCCAUUGUGACGCUGAGUGUCGGCGAACACUACUUCCACGCCAACAGGUACCUUCACCUGACAGGCAUCCCGGAGAAGAGUGGUCCUCCCCAGGCCAGCAGCGAGCACCGAGAGGUCCGCGCAAGCCAGUUCCCGGCCCCCAAGAAGCUGGCGGAUCUGCUGGAGGUGCUCUCAGACACCAAAGACCCUGUGUUCCCCAUCUUCAAUGAGAAACCCCAAGUGAUCCCCAGCUCGACCCUGGCCCUUGGUGUGUUUGAUUUGGUCAAGAAGACGUUGGCCGUGUGGAUGAAGAACCCUCAGAAGGUUGGGCCCGUCAUGGAGAUUCCCCUACACUUCAACUGGACCACCUGAGCUCAGCUACCUCACGUGUACAGGGGCCGCCAUUCCUCUAAUAUAGACUGAAAAACACAGCAGAUAACAAUUUGACGAACAGCAAAACAUAAAUUUCCAUAAGAAUGUUAUAUUACAGGGUUUGA